GAAAAUUCUCCAUCUUCAUACUUUUCUUGGUAUUUAAUUUUGCGUCUUAUCUUCAUUCUUCAUUUGCUAUGUGAUAACUUAAUAAGGAAACUCUGAAUUUUGAAUGUUUUCAAGAGGACAUUAUUGCACUAUGAGUAAAUUUCAGAAAGGGGAAAAGAAAAGAUUAUACGUUUACCCUUAGCAAAUGGAAAUAACUCAUAAAUGCCCUCCCAUCUGCCCAGAGUUGAUCCGUUUAAUCUGACCCGUGUUUAAACCUAAACCCACAUUCCAAUCCAAUGAAGCUCUCAAAUUGUUGAUCAGAUGGUUUAUGUUGAUUUUCUUUAUUUAAUUUUGGGCUUUUAUUACAAAUAAAAUCUCAGGUUAUAUGAAUUGUACAAACUGCAAUUGAUAUCAUGGAAAACCCCUUAUUUAAGGUAGAUAAAAGAGCAAUUUUCUACAAGAUUUUUUCUCCCACAAUCACUAAUGAACUGAGAAUCCCAGCCCAUUUUCUUAGGCAUAUUUCAGAAGAAUCACCUGAUAAAGCCACCCUUAAGUGUCUUUCUGGAGGCACUUGGAAUGUGAUACUACAGUGUAAUGAAGAUGGUUUGCUUAUACACAAGGGUUGGAAGAAAUUCCACAAAAAUAACCAACUACAAGAUGGGGAAUAUCUCAUCUUUAGGUACGAUGGCGCUAUGCAAUUCACAAUAAGAAUUUUCAGCAGCAAUGGACUGGAGAGACAAGUCAAGUCAGCAAACAUAGUCAAAAAUCAACAAGAUUCAAGCAGCAAGCGUAAAAGGCCAGAAAAAUACCCUUACAGUUCCAAAAAGACUCGUGCUAACGGUGAAAAUGGCACAGAACAUGAAACUCCAAAAAGAGUUGCACUUGAGAAAGAAGAGGACCUUCUCACUCCAAAUGUUCCUCAAUUUGUGAAAUGUUUGAAAGGCUACAAUGUAAAAAGGUCUUGUUUCUUGUAUGUUCCAAAAUCCUUCUGUGAACAACUUUUGAAAUUAGCCAAUAAGACAACAGCUGUCCUCCGUAAUUCAGAAGGAAAAAGGUGGAGAGUGAAUUGUAUAACACAAAAAGGAUAUCACGCUUUCUGUGGAGGAUGGAAACAGUUUGUGAGUGAUAACAAGCUUAAGGAAGGACAUGUCUGUGUUUUUCAGCUUGUCAAUGCAAAUGAACUGAAGGUUUCUGUUUUCGACUAUCCUUUGGAAUCUCUGUUGAAACUUGCUGCCAAAAGAUGAUAAAUUCUUAGUUUUGAACUGCUACAAUUUGAUGUUAUUAUGUUGAAAUCUGAACUCUGUAGCUGCUUAACAUGGACAACCUUGUUUUCAUUUCCCUUUUUCUGUAUCUGGGUAAUUAGAGUUGUUUAACUUCUGUAUGUUGCAGCUGAAAUGAAGCUUACAAUAAUUUGUCUA